GACAGCAGCAGCAGAAGCGGCAGCAGUUUCCAAACAGAAACCAGCGCGGACUCACACAGACAGAGAGGGACUUUCGUAACUUAGGGAAGUUGGUGGAGACAUCGAGCGGCGGAGACAUUUGUUUUUUUGUCCUGGACUUGGUGUCAGUGACACGGCGAGUCUCUUCCUGCGUCACGCUUUUUUUAUUUAGUGAAAAUUGAUUAUCUGCGAGGCUGCGGUCAAACUACAGUCUCUACUUCAACAACAGACUCUGUCCUCCGACCCAGAAGUGCGUGUCCUGCUCAACCAUGCUGAUGUAUGAUUACCCUAAAACAGACAUGGAGACGUCAUUCUACCCUUCAUUGGUGAAAGCUCCAGAGCAAUUCAGAGUCAUCUUCCCCCAUCCUGCUCCCCUCUACCACACACACAUGCAUGCCUUCAGCCAGUCCCACACCCCCAGCAACCCCUCGCACGCCCAGUUGGAGCCUGUGGACCUGUCUCUCAGCAAGCGCUCCUCCUCCGGCUCAUCUUCCUCCUCCCCUCCCUGCUCCUCUGCUUCCUCUCCAGCCUCCUCUCCACCUUCACCCCACAGCACAGGGAGCCGAGGCUCCCCCCGCUGCUCGCCUCCGCAUUCCCAGCUGCGCUCCUCUCCGACCCACGCUGUCCCUCCGCCCACGCUCUCAUACCCCACGAUGGUGGCCCCUCUCCUCAGCUCAGGCACCGGGGUCAUCCAAGGGUCCGGGGUCAUGAUGUCUCCAGUCAUGGUGCCUCUGUCUGUCCUCUAUCCUUCACCUCUUCACCUGCACCAGCAGAUCAUGGUGAGCCCACCUGUCACCUGUGAUGACGACCACCACAGGAGUAGAGAGCACAAAACAGUUCACUCUACAAAAUCCUUGGAGCUGCGGGGCGACGCCCAUGAGCUGCACAAGUCAAUCAAAACCGAGCCCUGCCCCGAGCUUGUUCACGACCCCCACAUUAGCCACGAGAUGAAGUCGUCUGUCAUCAGGAUAUCGUACGAGGGAAACAACCCUUCAGUCAUAGUCCAUGCAGGCUCCAAGCACCCUCUCCCUGCUGAAUCCCCCGACUCCCUGAAGAAAAGACGAAUUCACCGCUGCGACUUCACCGGCUGCAACAAAGUGUACACAAAGAGCUCCCACCUUAAAGCUCACCGCAGGACGCACACUGGUGAGAAACCCUACAAGUGCAUGUGGGAGGGCUGCACAUGGAAGUUCGCACGUUCAGAUGAGCUGACGAGACACUUCCGGAAACACACAGGGGUCAAGCCGUUUCAGUGUCCAGAUUGUGAGCGCAGCUUCUCCCGUUCUGACCACCUGGCUUUGCACAAGAAACGCCACCUGCUGGUGUGAAAAAAGAAAAGAAAAGAAAAAGCUCUGGGAGACACUUGAAAAGAUCUCAGUACUGUUUAAAUAUCAGACUUGGACUAGAUUUUUUUUUUACUCUUAAAGAGCUGACCUUAAACCUUGCACUCUGACAGGGAGGGGGCCUGUUCCUCAGGGUGCAAGUUUAGACCUUUUCACCUCAGUAGCCAGAUUGACCUGCUGGUGUCCUUAGAUUUGUCUUCAGCUCCUCCUGACUGUUUUAGAGAUUUUGGUGAUGUUCCAGACCUUCACCAGUACAAAUACUAACCUUUUUUUUUUUUUUUUUUUUUUUUAAUAAAGGCUGCACAGUGUUUCAGCUGGCCUGAGUCAGUGUGCAGCGUCCUCUUGCGGCCAUGGAACCAAACUGCAUUUGCACCUGCUUUGUUCAAGCAGCACAGCACACUCAAGCUUCUUAUUUUUUUCGCGACCCCAGCAAAGAUUGUGGACUUGGACACACACACACACACACACACACACACACACACACACACACACACAUACAUACAUUCAUACAUGCUAGCUAUGCCAAAUAAAUGUGAAACCUUCUAGAAUGUAUCACAUCACACUGUGCUUUGUGUCAUACAUAUGUUUUUUUCAGCUCUUUCUCACCAACACAGCUACCUGUGGAAUCAUACUCAUCCUGGAGCCAUCACUCACCUCAUCUGCCUGUAUCAAAUCAUGAAGUGUAAACUUAAAAUACAACCACAAACAGGAAGCUAACGCUCGCACACCCUUGUAAAUACUUUAAUAUGAUUGCACACAACAGAAUACAUGCACUUAAUUAAAGCAGUCUUGUGUGUAUUUGGUAUUUUGGUUAAAAAACCUUUGUGGUCUGGGGUCUCAUUCAUUGUCAGAGUGAAGUGGGGUUUUUUUUCAUGUCAUUUAGAAAUGUGAACAUUGCUGCACGGGGCAUUAUUGUGUUAGUUGAGAGAAUGCAUCACUCGAUUGGGUAAAGGACAGAAGAAACAUCUGACCAAUGUUCUAAUGUCACAGUUUGACGAUCUAUGAACUAUUGCUUUGCUUUGUGACACCGUGGUAGCCUUUUUAUUCUAUGACACUUUAAGAUGGAAAAAGUAUAAAGUGCAAAGCAGGGAAAUUUGCUCUUUCUUUGAUGUUUAGGAAUAGAUGUAUUUCACCAACAUGUCUUAGGGGUGGUUUAUCAAAAAUAAUACAUUCCAGCCAUAUAUAUAUAUAUAUAUAUAUAUAUAUAUAAAAUUCAAUACUUUCUUUUCCAAAAGAUUUACAAUAUACAAUUGAAGAAUUUAACAGGAAAAAAUGUUUUUUAUGAGAUGUUCUGUAUAGAACUUCAUCAAACAGAUCUGAUAUAUUAGAACCCUCUGUUUUACUUUGGUGUCCAGACCCACCAUUUGAGAAACAGUCCUUUUUUAAAAUGGUAUUCAAUUCCACAUUGCUCAGUAUUGUAAAACACCUGUAUGAUUACAAUCUAAGGCUGUGAAACACCAUCACCUUAAAAAGAAAGAAAUGCAACCACAGUUAAAAGCAUUUGUAGUUUCUGCAGAUCAAGAUAGUUUUGUGUGUAGUGUAUUUGUACAUUUCCUAAGUGCACUUUAUAUGCAGCCACUUACAUACCUUACAUGUUUAUUUAUAUGUGUCUAUAUAUAAACAUCGUACACACACAUUGUGUAUCCAUACAAACAUUCAGCCUAUGUAUAAAAUAUUACCAACAUCAAACCUUUCUUUCUCAAAGUGAAACUGCUGGUAAGUUUCAUCACAAACCUGUAGACUUUUUUUUCACAGGAAGGUGUGAUUGUUUGUACUUCCAAACGUAAACAAACAAACACCAACACAACACUGAAUGUAGCGGCUCAACCAUCUGCAUUUGCUUCUGGAUACUCUGCAGUUUUGCAUGUAUAUGUUUUUGUAUCUCAGCAAUAUUAGAUGUAACAUCUACAUAUCUAUGUCUGUACAUACAGUAUAUGUGUAUGUAUAUUUGUAUACAUACAUACAUAUAUAAUUAUUAAUUAUUAGACUGAAAGGGCAAUUUAAGGUUUUUAUUCAGAACGAUUUUGAUACUUAUAACGUCUAUUUUACGUUUCUACGUCAUGUCGGUAAUUCAGCCUAUUUCUUAAUCUUAACAAUGGCUAUUCCAAGGGAACAUGUUAAACUGUGAACAUAUAGCUGUACAGGUCUCUCUGCAAUGUUGCAUUUAUUUUAAAACAGAAUAUUAAUACCACUUAAUAAACUUAUUGACAUUUUA